AGCAGACGACAUGAAGUGUCUGAGAAGUGCUCAGCCUUUAAGGGAGAAUUUCCAGGUACAAUAGCAUGUAAUUAAUUGGCACGUUUUCGUAUACACGCGGCCUGACCAUUGGUCAAUGAUCUGACCCGUUAUGCUAAUUAGCCGAUCCGGGUUAAUAGGACUAAUAUUUGUGAACGGGAUUACCGGUGAAUCGACUGCGAGCUUUGUGUAUACAACACAAUUAUGGAAAUUUAUCUUACCUGUAUGGGCCAUGCUUGAACGAACAUGUUUUAAAACCCGUUCUUGCCUGGGCUUUGUUUGUCGAGAGUAGGGACGGGCACUGGGGCAUUACAGAUCUAGCGUUUACAAGUGGUGUACGUACAGUGUAUACGUAUACCCAGACACGCACAUUCUUCAGGGAAUUGUCCUUAUACCCAUGGUAAAAGUGGAAGCGUUCAAUAAUGGCGGACUUAGACUCUGCUAUAGUGUGGACGGACGGUCAGGUCUCGGCCAAAGAAGCCGUGAACAAGCUGGGACUACCGUGUAUGGUUAAGGUUGUGAAUGGAUGUACACACGCCGACUUUUCGGAGGGUUAUUUGUUAAAGCUCGACUUCGGAAUAGCCAUUAAAAAGGUAGCGGCAUGUUUUGUGUCCAAACGUUCCGAUAGUACGGGUAAAUCGGACGAAAUAUUCAUACCCCUGGGAUACGCGGGGAAGGUGAGGAUAGCUCGCGAGGAUGCGGGAACCAAGAUAUACACGACGCUGAAGGACCUGAUAGAGGACUUCCCGCGGUAUGUAAAGGUUGAGGAUGGCUUCUCCUCAACGGGGGAUGGCAGCGGCAAACCUCUGGCGGUACCGACCGGAGCCCAGCUCGAACUGGAUAAGGCAAUAGGAACGGCAAACCUUUACUGUAAGUUCAAUGAUAAGACAAUCGUCCUCACCACCAAGGAUAAAAUCAGGUUCCGGUUGCUGUCAGACGACACGACGUAUACAUUACAGGAAGUCGUCGACAGAUUACAUUUACCGCAAACUGUCCGAUUUCUUGACCCGCAGUUUCAAACGGUAGCCAAAACUGACCUGAAUGGGGAGAAGUGUGACGUCAUCGGUGACACAUUGAAGCUGAGUCGGGUUUCAAACCAUGAGGUCAUUGUGGGUCUUCUGAGACCGUCAGUGUCACCCACAUGUGGACCCGGAACUGCUAAAAAGAAGGUCCAGCCCACGCUGGCAUUAUUUCCUCUCCAAGCCAGUGCUGCUGUUAAUGAUGUAAAGGUCAAAGUCACUGCAGACAAAAACGACAAAACGUAUAAAUCGACAAUGGCUAAACUGUUCCCCCAGACAGUGGACAGAACACUGAUUCAGGAAAGUUUUUAUGUCGACUUGACGAGUAAAGUUAACAUACACAUACAGAAAGACAAUACAUGGAUUACCGUCAAACCAUCCCCAAUCAAACAGGAUCCUGUCCCCUCUCCCGCGGCCACGCCACCACCUCUCCCCCCGGACAGGGACGAACGAAAACUGUCCCCCAGGUCCAAAACACCGACAUCUCCGAUUCAGUUGUCUCUUCCUGGUGCCAAAUCCCCAACCAAGGAUGACGGCCCAAAAUCUCCGAAAGACAAAAACGCAAAGAAGGACAAAAAGGACAAAGACAAAAACAAAACAAAAUCAAAAGAAUCGCCAAGACCCAGUAGCGGAAGUUCUGGCAGGUCAAGUCCCCCUUCCUGGCUGUCUAUACAGACGGAUGACCUUCACAUCGCCCCUUCAACACCCUCCCCAUCCCCGCCCCCUGCGCCGGAUGUACCGGUGAGGAACGUCCCCCGCAAGCCAACGCCCUCGACAGAUCGGACAAACAUAUCGGGACGCCCCCUGGUGCCAACUCCACUCGAAACAGAUGCCUAUGAGGAACCUAUUAAAAAUACCAAAUUCGAACUCUCUAAAAAGUCCGAUGCACAAGGACAAGCCAGCGAGUACGAAAGCUUACGACAUAGCGCCGAUGGACCCUACGCAGUGUUACAGAGUGAAGAUAUAUACGACGAAUUGGACAUUCAAGAAGACAAAGAUACGAAAAAGAAGGACAAGGAUAAAGACAAAGAUAAAAAGAAGAAAGGUGGUUUUAAAUUUUUCACUGGAGGAAGAAAGAAAAAGCAAGAGGGAUCAAGAACCAGCUUGUCUGAACUGGCCACGGAACCCGUGGAGCGACCAACGAUGGCAAUGGAUAAAAUCCCGGAUAUGUCGUCCAUAGGGAAAGACAAGAGUUCCAAACCAAAGCCUGUUGGUACUGUAAGACCUAAUUCCAAAUCCCUGCCGGAAAUCCCAGGGAAACCGACCGAGUUCAAGUCGUUCUCCGUUGUGAAUCUGACGGAAUGUCUGCAUCAAUGUGGUCUUCCCGAUCUCGCUAAACUGUGCGAGAAGGAAAAACUGGACGGAGACUUCCUGUCCACGUUGUCCGAAACUGAUCUCACCAAGGAACCAUUCUCCCUAAACCCUCUACACCUAAAAAAGUUAGAGAGAAUCAAAGCUGGUUGGCGACCAACGUAACGCGUGUUUUAUAUAAGUGUAAUGUAAUGUCUAAAAUUGACUUGCACUGACUAAAUACCAAUAUUUUGUCGGUUCCUUUGCAACAGGGUAAACGUGUCUUUAAAACUUGAAUUGUUUACCUUGUUGAUGCCACGCAGGUUCGUGACAAACUUAGUACAAUUCAAAAUCAAAACAAGCAAUGAGACAAAUCAUUUCACCUUGUGCGCGUGGAACGUUUAAUUGACGAUCCCGUUUCAGUCGACUCUUGUUUCAGGUGAACCUAAAACAUGAUCCAGCAGCUGCAAUAGAAAGUUGGCAAGAACUUGAUCUCCAGGAAAUUGACUUGGUGCAGUUAAUUACAUCGGACCAAACAAAUGUGUGUUUCAGGUAUCCCGACCUAUCCAAGAUUUUCCUGUCGAGCCUAGAGCAUUAUAUCCCAAAUUUAUUAUCAAGGCAAAGCUCAGUCGCUCAUUAAAAUAACUUUUUCGUGUUCGGGGAGCCUGACUACGCUCUUGACAGUUUUAUAUAGUUACUGUAAUGAGUGGAAGUGAAUUGGAAAAUUUGAAAAUUUUAAUACCUGAAACACACAUAGUUUUGUCUUGGCCUGACAGAUGAAAAAAUAUGUAACAGAUGGCAUUGUCUCCAGCGUGACGCAGCUGGACUGCGUCUGUCCUAGACACAUUAAGAGUUGGGAUGCUGCCUCUCUCUAACCCGGGAGUCUGACCCUCCCUCGGGAGUCAAUCCCACCCCAAUAUGUUUCUGUUCUUUGUGUAACUACCGGUGAUAAACGGAAAUUAUAUAUAUCUACUUCAUAUUUAACUUCUUAUUACAUUUAAUCAAAUAAUGUUUCUGAAAUAAGUUGACAAUUCGUGUUUUAAAAUGUCUUUUAUUGUAUUUUUAAUGAAAUUUUAUUUUUGUAAUAAAAACAUUUUCUAUAAGA